AUGGCGGUGCGCGGGCCCUGGGCGCUGCGGUUCCUCACCGCCCGCUUCUCGCAGCGCGCCGCCGCCGGCACCGAGUUCCGCAGCGCCUACAGCUUGGACAAGUUGUACCCGCCGCGGGACGGCGGCACCGCCAGCGACCCGGAGGAGGCCAGGCCAGCGGCCCUCAACAUCCCCAUGGACCGACUGACUGUAUCCUACAGCCGGAGCAGUGGCCCUGGUGGGCAGAAUGUUAACAAAGUGAAUACCAAGGCAGAAGUCAGGUUCCACCUGGCAUCAGCAGACUGGAUCCCAGAAGCUGUAAGAGAAAAAAUGGCAUCAGUGCACAGAAAUAAGAUAAACCGAGCUGGUGAGCUGAUUGUGAACUCCGAAGAGAGUCGUUACCAGAUGAGGAACCUGGCGAUUUGUUUAGAAAAAAUCAGAGUCAUGGUCACAGAAGCUACUGAGAAGCCCAAGGUGGUGUCUAAGGAGACUGCACAGCAACUCAUAGCCAGGGUAGAAAAAAUGAACCGUGAACGAUUAAGACAGAAAAAGAUACACUCAAAUAUAAAACAGAGCAGGAAGGCAGAUUUUGACUGAGAGCAGAGGUGGAAGUCUUUCGUGUACUGCCUUUAUAAGGAAAUAUUGUUGGCAACAGUAGAUGAUACUAAACUGAUCUGGUAAAGUCUGUCUAAAAAUGCAAAUAAAAAACAUAUUUAUAAUCUGCUGA